AUGACAUAUCUUCUUUUGUAUGUGGAUGAUAUCAUCUUUACUACCUCCUCUGAUGAUCUUCGCAAGUCUAUCAUGACACUUCUCAACUCUGAAUUUGCUAUGAAGGAUUUGGGACCACUCAGUUAUUUCUUGGGAAUAGCUGUUACUCGUCAUGCUGGUGGUUUAUUUUUAUCUCAAAAGAAGUAUGCCGAAGAGAUCAUAGAACAAGCUAGCAUGUUGUCUUGUAGGCCAAGUGCCACUGCAGUUGACACCAAACCGAAGUUAAGUGCCACUUCUACCUCACCAUUUAAGGAUUCUUCACUUUAUCGUAGCCUGGCAGGUGCACUGCAAUAUCUCACUUUCAUGAGACCAGACAUUUCGUAUGCUGGCACCCUUGAUCAUGGCUUUCAUCUUUAUCCAUCUAAACCCACCACUCUCAUUUCGUAUACGGAUGAAGAUUGGGGUGGUUGUCCAGAUACAAGGCGUUCGACUUCUGGUUAUUGUGUCUUUCUUGGUGAUAAUCUCAUUUCUUGGUCCGCCAAGCGGCAGGUCACCAUGUCUCGAUCUAGUGCGGAGGCUGAAUAUCGAGGGGUAGCCAAUGUAGUUUUUGAGUCUUGUUGGCUACGCAAUCUUCUUCUAGAACUUCAUUGUCCAAUACGAAAGGCUACGUUGGUGUACUGUGAUAAUGUUAGUGCCAUAUAUCUAUCCGACAAUCCUGUUCAACAUCAACGUACUAAGCAUAUCGAGAUGGAUAUUCACUUCGUCCGUGAACAAGUUGCUCGUGGUCAUGUACGUGUCCUACAUGUCCCAUCGCGCUAUCAGAUCGCGGAUAUAUUUACUAAAGGUCUUCCCUUGGUUCUAUUUGAAGAUUUUUGCGACAGCCUAAGCGUCCGCAAACCUCCCACUUCGACUGCGGGGGUGUGUUAG